AUGGCUGGAGUCUUAUCCCUUCCACACCUUUGGGAAGGAGAUGUUGGCAUCCGGGUUACUGCAUGGCGGGUCUUGAGCGCUUUGGAUAGUUCAAUCGCUUCAGAUCCCUCUCUCAACGAAUUUUGGGAAGCCUUGGACCAUGCGUGGGGCGGUGGUGAUGGGGCUGCGGCUGCUUUCGCUGCUGGGGGUCAUGAUGGGAUGGACGAUGAUGAUGACGAUGAACCUGAAGAUGGUGGCAUUGUUUUCCCAGGGACACCCACCGCUACUGAGGCAGCUAGUGCCGCUCCAGAACCUGAGGAACGCAUGCCUCUACCUGAGACCUUGGAACCUACCACCCUCACGAGCCAGGCUGUUGAGGAGAUUCAGGAGAGCCAGGUCGUUGAGGAGAUUCAGGAGAGUCAGGUGAUGGAGGAAACGGAUGCCUACCCAGAAACCGAUCUCUUUGCUUUGAACCAGCUUGACGCUGAAGUGCCAGCCACCCAGCCAGAGCCAGAGAGCCCAGCUGCUGUUGCCGCGGCAAAAGCUGAGCCCAUGACUUAUGUGGUUCCUUCAGCCGGUUCGCCCCACAGCUCUGUCAACCUCACGGAUGCCGACGGCACCAAGGGGGAGAUCGAGAAGAAGAGGGCGAAAAUCCUUCUCAUCCAGCCUAUUGCGUGGGAAAUCCAGUGGCUUUGGCUUCCAACUUUCUUUGGUAACAGUGUGAACAUCGAUACCGUGCAGACCGUCCCAAUGACUGCCGAAGAGUUGAAUGCUAGUGCCGCGGCCAGCGCAGCUUUUGAUGGGGACGUGCUCACCAUUGAAUCCCAGGAGCUCUUAGAAGACAUCGCACCUGUGGCUCCUCCUCCGCUUGGCAAUGCUGGCUUGCCUGCAUCGGGCAAGAGUGACGCUGCAGCGGGGGAUGAGAUCAAGGACAAGGCCAUUGCAAACAAGAGGGCAUUGGACCGGGAUGAGGGGGACAAGAAGUCCAACAAGUCCUUGAAACCUGAUACGGCCAGGGAUGCGCUCAGAAAGCCCUUUGAUGGGGAUGUUUGUCACCUCAUGGGAGAGGAACCAGGUGUCCUACUCCGCCGAGAACAGCUCAAUGCCGAUUUCAGGGGCGCAGCACAUGAUGAUGGAGAAGAUGAUGAAGGAAACGGUGAUGGUGAUGAUGGCGAAGAGCCUGUUGAGAAAGCCAACACGACCAAGCCCAAGCCUGGAGCCAAGGGAAAAGCGAAGUCCAAGGCCAAAGCGGCCACAGCCAAGUCCAAGCCUGGGUCCAAAGCGAAAGCCAAGGCAAAGGCAAAGGCAAAGACCACCAAGGGGGCAAAGGUGAAGGAUGCCAAGGUGAAAAAGAUAGAUGACAAAGUCAACAAGGACAAGACUGAGGAGAAGAAGAUGGACGAGGAGCCGAAGAGCAAGGAGACCAAAACCUUUGCCCGUCGCUACCUCCCAACUGAUCCUGUUGCUGCUGCCCGCUACACGGCUUGCCGUUCUGUCUUUGAAGCCGAGAUUGCGCCCAACGUGGCUAAGCAGAGCUCUUUCCAGGACCAUUUCUACAAGUUGUGCAUGCGCGCUUUCAAGACUGGCAACGCUGAGUCUUACGAUGCCAGUGUGGAGAUUGCCGAGGGUUUGCUGGCUUCUUUCUUUGAAGACGAGGCGAUUCGACCCUUUGGCUCAACUUCAGGCAAUGGGUUUCUGUGCUUGAAGAUUGAAACCGCUGCAGCAGCCUACGAGGACUCUCCAUGCCACUUCUCCGUGGCCAAUCUUCGUUUGCUAAAUUCGGGUUUGGCGUUGAAGGACUUCAUCUACCUGACCAUGUUGGCGAGUUGGGUAUCUUUGGCCCUGGACUGGGAUCUUGGCGGACCGAUUGAUCUAGUGGAAUACUUCGCUGGUGUAUCCAGGAUUUGCAAGCUGGCAUCUUGGAAAGGGUAUAGGCUGGGACUCUUGCUGAUCUUGAUUUGUUGCCUCGGCAGCAGCUUCAUCGUGGAGAACCCGGCUUCUUCCAUUGUGGUGGAGCAUCCACGGCUGGUUUGGGUGUUCAAAGCCCUCCGCAAAGUUGGCAUCACUGUCUACAAAGUGGCUUUUGACAUGAACACGUUUGGAACUCGAUCCCAGAAGCCGACGAAAUACACGUCCAAGUUUGCUCGCUCCAUUGUGGAUUUGAUACCGUCUCUGCAACAGGAAAUCUACUGUGGUGACAUGGUUGCUGACACAUCGCAGCUUACACCAGCUGAUUUCAUGGACCUGGAUGUGGAAGGGAUGGGCCGGUGGCCUCCCCGGGAUUUGUUGGCUUUGAACAAAGCUUCUGAUGAAUCCUUGUGGAAGGAACUUCAGGAGUUAAAGCAGGAAGUGACGGAUCUCGAGGAAAAGAUAGGUGGUGAACCGCAUGGCUGGUCGGCCAUCAAGUCGGAGAGGGUUGCGAUUGAUCUAGAGUCAGAUGGUGAAGCUACCGUCUAUCACAGCGGAACUGAACAACAUGAUGAUUCAAUUGCGGAUGCCGAUGCCGAGACCAUCCCUGCUGACAUUGGGGGGGACCGUGGUAUGAUGGUAGAUUCUCAACAGCUUACUCCAGAAAUGGCUAAGCCCGUUGGACUUACUCUACCAUCUGAUACUCAACCUGAAGAUGAAGACAUGGUAGGUAGCCCAGCCAGCAAAGAAAGUAGCGAUGUUGUUGAGGCCCACUGCCCCACAUCCAACACUGUCACUGCUGAACCCACGCCAGCUGAGAAGACCCCAUGCCAGCCUGAUCGCACCGUGCCCACUCCUUGCAGGGCACCUGAACCAGGGAUGACAGCAGAGGAGGUUGGAUCACCAGUGCCAAGCCCUACGGUUCUUGAAGUAUCUAGCCCAGAAUCCACAAUUCCUUCCUUGGAUGAUGUGACUGCUUCUAAACCCAAAGCCCAAGUUAUGCGGAUAUCAGAGGCAGCAGCAGAUGCCAGACUUCGUCGUGUCUUUGAGCCAAGUAAGCGAACUGGGGAAUACAAGGUCUCGGAUGCCAUCUUAGCCCAAUACAAAAAGCCCGGGAAAAGCCGGAAGAGCCUCCAAAAGAUUUUUGAAACUUGCGGGUAUGACAAGGCCAGCUUCAUUGAAGAACUUGAACUGAUCCGAGAAGAUGAGUUGGCAAACGAUCUGUCGAGGGUCAGUAUUUGUCUGAGAAGGCAACGGAUCAAGGCCGUGAAAAAGGCCGCUGAGGAAAGUCCAUCGACUAUGAUGAGGCGGGAUCGGUAUGAGAAAGGCCUGUACCUUUACUGGGCAGAAACUUCGGUGAAAGCUCUCCAGCGAAUGCGAUGGGAUGAACAGAACGCCAACUUGGAUGCAUACGACAAGCCCCAGCCCGCCGUUGCUGGGCCUCCGCAUUCGAGCUUGGAGGAUAGUGCCUGCCAGCCAAAGAAGGUGGAGAAGGCUGUGUCAAGCUGCAAAGAAGAACUCAACUCAGAGAAGAAAGAGGAGAGCUUGAAGAAAGACCGGAAAAAAGCGGGUCUUCCUGAAUUGGAACUUGACGCUUUGCCAUCAUCACUUGCGAACAAGAUGUCGAUUUGCCUUGGCAAACGGCAGAACAAGCUCCAAGAGGUCCUGGACAAGUUUUCUGGUGUCAGCAAGCUGUCUGACUUACAAACUCGGAUGUUCAACAAGAUCAAGAGCGUCCAAGACAACCUCAGCGCCAAGGACGAUGAGGUUCAGAGGAUCUAUGGCGAUGGGGUGGUGAAUGGAUUCAGUGAUCAGUAG